UCUCAUUUGUAUGAAUCAGAAGCGUUUACAAUUAUGUGCCUGGAUUUUACUAACAGUUGGACUUUGUAUUGUCGUUACAACUUUCUAUAUGGCCAUACAACAAAAUAACGGUUACAAUGAGGCUGUUGCAGCAAGCGCACAAUUUUUAGUUAGCGAUGCUCAUUUGGUUGCACUUAAUGAUGAUACAGACUUCAGUAGUGGCCUUGGUCAAUUUAGUCUUGAGGAGGAGCCAUCAAAUUCAAAUAAAAGUGGACGCUAUAAACUAAGUGACUUGUACGAAGUACUUGGAAAAAAUUUAACUGGAUGUCAAGAGAAACUAUGCCAAAUAGCCUGUACGAAUGUGGUUAAUGUAUACGCCGCUGUACACGAUGUAGUCAAGACAAGUCCUUGUGCCUCCAUAGAUGUCUUACUACUCGAGAAACAAGAUUUUCCCCUGGGAAUUCUAAAGAACUACUGGCUGCCUUCUAAUAUUUCUUUCUAUGAGGUCGUUAUACGUUUCGGCAAUAUCACCAAAAUAAAAAGUAAUGCCUUCAAUUCGCCGCUUUUCAAAAAUACCUUCGUUCUCUCUUUGUCCCACAUGACCAUAAGCAGAGUGGAGAGUGGUGCCUUAUUGGGUCUGUUUCGCCUUAAGUAUUUGACAAUCAAAUCCCACAUUGAGAAAUUAGAACCGGCCAUAUUUCAGCCAGUGCAAAUGACUUUGGUGAAUUUGAAAUUAAAUGCGAAUUUAAAAAUCAAUGGCAAUAGAAAUCUGUUUGGUGUGAGUUAUUUGAACAAUUUGGUGUAUUUGGAUUUGAGCAACAAUGUUUUUAGUGGCUCUUUGGGAAAAAAAUUAUUCAAGUCCACACCAAAUUUAAAAUAUUUAAUUAUUACCGAAAGCCGUAUUCAGUAUAUAGAGGAAGAUGCUUUCGAAAGUUUAAGAGAAAAAUUAUUGUUUGUAAAUCUUUCGAAAAAUCUAUUGACCACGUUGGCGGUAGAGGUGCUGCAGCCGAUUUUAGUGACUCAGAGAAUAUCCAUGUUGAAUUUGGCCAAUAAUGAUUGGAUUUGUAAUUGUGACCUGCAGGAGUUGGGAGAACUGUACAAAGAAUAUCGCCUGCAGUUUAUGGAUGUUUUGUACUGCAAGGCUCCUCAUCAUUUGUAUGGAGUAUCCUUGGAUGAAGUUGACUUUGGAGAGGAGAAUUGUUUGGUUUCUGCGACCACAGUACAAGACACAGUAGAGGAAAAAGAAUUGGAGACGGUGACCGAACCCGAAACCUCUACUAGUAAAGCGACUACAUCAAAAACCUAUGGCAGUGGUGGCGGCAUAGAGAAUAGCAGUGAUUAUGUGCUUUCCAGUGAAUUGUCUUCAACGGAAUCCUCAAAUAUCCUAAAAAUGCGCUGUUUUGAUUCUACUACUUAUGCUCAAUCUUCUCAGUCCAGAGAAUUUGAAUUUAUUCCCUCGGAUAAGGCAGUGGAACCAAGUGCUGAACUGUUUAGUGAUGAUUUGGAAUAUUUUAAAUUUCCUGCCCCAACAUACAAUUUUGAAUUGCAGUUGAUAGCCGAAAACAAUACCGUCAAAGUGAGCAUAGAAAAUCCUAAGGAAGUGCUGGUCAUUUGGUUUAGCGAACAAUUGGAAUCAUCUGUUAUUGUUUAUGGUGAUACUUCCUUAGAUUAUGAGUGCAUGCCUUAUGCCUUGCCAGAAUUAAUAGUGGGUCCCCUGCAGGAGAAUACCACCUAUACGUUCUGUUUGUUGCCUUCGUUUAAUAAUGACAUUUCACCCUUUAACUGUUUGCCACUGCAUGUACCGGCCAAGAGACAAGAAAAUAUCUGGAUUUCAGAAGAUAAUAAACAAUUUACCAUUGGCAUGUUGUGUUUGAUAUUUCUAUUGUCCACAAUAGCUGGAGGUUUGAUUGCUUACUUUGGCAUUAAAGCUUAUCCUGAUCUGUUGGAGGGUUCCAAGAAUGUGUUGGUUGUUAAGAAACCCGAUCAGGCCUGCUAUGUGGCAACCAUUUCAGAGACAGAAUACCAGAAACAGGCUUCAAUGAAGAAGAGGAAACCUUCGCAAAAGGAGGGAGCAUUUAAGAAACAAUCCUCAAUGAAACUCCCAUUACCUGACACACCACCUCCCGAAGCAUCUCCGUCACCUUACCGCAUGUCUGUUAAGGACCUAGAAAGGUUAUCCAGUGUGAAAUCCUCAUCCACCUGUUUUGAAGAUACAUUCCCAAACUACAAUUUUGCCGAUGACGAGUACGAAACACCUAAAGUUUGCAACGAUGUGUAUACGGUAGAGCAACGCAGUAUACCAAAUAUGUAUGGCAUGAGUCCAAGGUCACCACCACCCCUGCCCAAACGUAAUUCUAAUGUAUCCAAUAGUCCUACCCUGGUGAUAAAUCGUUUUUCGAGUAAUUUUGAUUAG